AUGUCAGAUGCUGCACUGGCACAAGCCUCGAAGUGGUAUAGUGAGUGUUUAUUGAAGCAUACCCUCUGCACCACUUCACUGGCAUCUAAGUGUGUCAUGCCAACUAGACUGCUUCGAAUUGAUGAAGAUGAAAAAUACGUCAGGCUCGUUAUGACAAGGGAAGAAGUGGUCAAAGACUCACACUAUUCAACCCUAAGUCAUUGCUGGGGAAACUCUGAUAUUUUAAAGCUUACAAUUUCGAAUCUGGAAAGUUUUAAGGCUGGUAUCUCUCUCGAGCGACUCCCGAAGACAUUUAUUGAGGCUAUAUUUGUUGCUAGAAAGUUGUCCAUUCCUUACAUAUGGAUAGACUCACUUUGUAUCAUUCAGGACUCUGUCGAUGACUGGCAGACUGAAUCUGUCUCGAUGGAAGAUGUCUAUGGCAACAGUAGUCUGAACAUUAUGGCUGAAGCCUCCAAAAACAGUCAUGAGGGUCUUUCUCGAUCUCGAGACCCAAAGAUGUUGGAGCUGUGUCCAGCAGUCCAGUCAAAUUGGGAAGAUGCUGAUAAUGAUCUGUUACAUAUAUUCAACAAAGACAUCUGGAGCGACAGAUUGUACACUCAGCCACUGUUGGAUCGAGGCUGGGUUUUGCAAGAACGUGCCUUGUCGCCUCGCUCACUCCAUUUUUGUGAUGGUGAACUACUCUGGGAAUGCAGGGAGAUGGCUUGCUGCGAAACAUACCCAACAGGGCUACCAGAAAUUUGCAAGAGGGAGAAUUUCAAGCUCAGACCACUUUCAGGAUCCGAUUCAUAUGAAAGGAAGUAUCUGAUAGACGGAGUUAAGAGGACCAUGAAAGGCAUUGCUUACGAUAGAUGGGUGCAGUGGAUUCAUCUUUACAGUCAAACACAUCUAACGAAAGAUUCGGAUAAACUAAUUGCAGUCAGUGCACUGGCCAAGUGCACGCGGGCAGUUUUUGAUGAUGUCUAUGUGGCAGGCCUUUGGAGAUCUAUGUUUGCCGAUCAACUUGUUUGGUGGGGUAGUCACACUUCUCGUCCAAAAGACUAUCGAGCACCUACUUGGUCUUGGGCCUCGGUCGAUGGCUUUGUCGCUCUUCCUUCAAUCUUUCCCAGUAACAAAUAUCACAUUGAGAUCGAUGAGGUACGAGUUACGCCCGUUUCCGGCGUCGAUGACACUGGUUCCAUUUCGGAUGGAUACUUUCGUGCGCGGGGACUGCUAAUACGUGACAAACUUGUCAAAGAGCAGGGAAAUCGUGGGACUCCCUUCCUCGCCGGGAGGGAUGGAGAUACAACUGUGACUGUAGUGCUAGAUGCACCGUUCGACCAAGGCGAAGAAAGGGUGAUAGUCCUUCCUAUCUUGACAAUUUUGUUUGAGCUGUAUUUUGAAGGUGGUUGCUUUAAUGCAUUACUUCUCCAGGAGCGGGCAAUGUCACCAAAUGGCUUCUAUACACGGAUAGGCUGGGCGUUGGUCGAGAAUAGUUAUGUAAAGAAUAAUAUGGCCUUGGACCACCCCCAAAGUUUGUCCGAGUUGAAGUUUCCAGGAAACCAUGGCGGUUCGAGUUCUGAAUCAAAAAAGUCGACCCAAGAUGGGGGAGGUGCAAAUUUCGACGUUGAGUUGGAUGAGAGUUUGUAUCUAGAGGGUUCACUGGGAUCUUUUGUGGUUUAUUGA